AUCCGCCGCAUGUUUCCCCUGAUAGCGUUAUGGCAAUCUGUUUUUCCCACUUGAAAGCUUUUUAUGGCUUUAUGGCCCUGUAAAACAUUUUGAUUCAAAUUAUGAUGGUCUAGAAAACAGUACCUUACAAGAAUGAUUUACUCGCCCCUUAUUCUCAUUAAGCGGUGAUAGAAUUCAAGUUAUCUUAAAAUAAUAGACCGAAUCUCCAGAAAUUGCUUGGUGUCUGCUUAUGUUACAAACGGUUAAAUCGUAACGCAAAUUGGCAUUUAAGCACUUGCAUUUUUCACUUCAGCCUUUUAACUGGCAAAUUUAUCAAGUUAUGGUAAAUUCAGUUCUGAUAACUGGCCAUUAAAGAAAAAAAUUAAGAAAAACCAACUAAGUAUUUUUCACGUAGGAAUCGAAUUAAUAUUCCCAACUUUCGAAAAACGUUUAAUAACUUAUAGCUUAUUAACAGUAAAGUCAUCGUAUAAGUAAAAAUGAAGAACAUGCUUCAUAAGUGGCUGGUUAUAAUAUUUAUAACUUACAUUUCCCGCUCCAAGGUUAAGUCUGAUGAAAAUGAAGUCAAAUUACAGAAGUACUUGUUCGCCAACCCAGAUUACCAUUACAUGGCCAGACCAGUGAAGCAGACCAACACCAAAAUAUGGGCUAAUUUUUCACUCUCAAUAUCUCAAAUUGUCAGUAUCGACAUGCGCAACGAGGCCGUGACCACUUCGAUCUGGCCCACCCAAGAGUGGUAUGACGAGUACAUGCAGUGGAACCCGGAGGACUUCGGAGGCAUCACCAACACUGGAGUGUCCCCGGACAGGAUCUGGAAGCCAGAGAUAGUGCUCUACAACAAUGUGGAUGGAAGAUUCGAGGUCGAGUUCCAGAGCAGGGUGCAAAUCGGCUACAGGGGCAACUGUCUGUGGGCGCCCCCCACCAUCUUCAAGACCCACUGCAAGAUCAAUGCACAACACUUCCCAUACGACGAACAGUUCUGCCCACUCACGUUCCUGAGUUUCGACUACGACUACACGCAGGUGGAGAUAGUUUCCAAGUUCAGCGAGGGAGACUACACGGGCGACCAGUACUGGCACUCCUCCGAGUGGAGCAUAAUGAGUGCGAGGACUGAGACGUACUUGACCUCCUGUGCGAGUUGUCUGACCAACAACCACUCUGCAGUGACUGUGAUGCUCCAUCUGAAGAGGAAGCCACUCUUCUACUCGGUCAACCUAGUACUCCCCAUUCUCAUGGUUUCUAUUCUCACUGUCAUGAGUUUCUACCUUCCAAGUGAAUGCUGCGAAAAGAUCACUCUGACAGUGACUGUUCUUCUCUCAGUGACCAUGCUGCUUCUGAUAGUGUCCAAGAUGGUGCCCAAGACAUCUUAUCACGUACCCCUCCUCAACAUGUACCUAAUCUUCAUCCUCCUUCUCGUCUCCUUCUCCUUGAUUGGAAAGACUCUUUUCCACAUCCAAAUCUCUGACUUUUGA